AUGCAUCUGAAAUGGAAACUUCAAAUCAACACUGGGUGGAGACGCUGUUUUCUCCUCAUUUCAGCCAGGAUGAUUUUUUAAAUCAGACUCAUCAGCCCCAGCCACUGAUAUGUGAAAAGCUGAAUUUAGAAAGAGGAGGCAAAAUGAAAGAACUCUACAAUAUGGAAAUGACCAAGUUUCAAGAAGAAAGCAGGUUCCAUAGCAAAGACUUUCCUUCCAAACUUGUAAAAAAACAUGAGCCAAGUGUAGCAGGGACAAAGAUAAACAAUUCAAAGGAGGAAACAGGAGGAGAUUCUGCCUGCUGGGGAUCUGCUAAUUUAGAUGCUGGAUCUGAAGAAAGCACUGAGGAAACAGGAGGUCAUUGUAUCUGGAAUGCAAAGGAAUUUGCAGCUUUAAGAAAAGAAAUGCACAAGGAGCAUUCAGAAAGCAUCUUUUUAAAAUUUCAGCUGUCUUUCCUAAAGACAGAGCUGGUGCGACUUAAAGCUAAAUGCAAAAAAUUAGUAGCAGAAUUUGACCAAACUAAACAAGAGUUAAGCAUUUCCAGAAAAGAGGCUCUGUGUAAGACUGCCCAGUUAGAACAGAUUCAAAAACAAAGUUUCAAAAAAGAUGCUAAGUUUGAAGCUUUGCAACAAGAAUUGCAUCAAAAAUCAGAGAGCCUCAGAAGUCUGAAUGCAGACUUCCAGGAAGCACGUGGAGAAAUUCUGCAUUUAAACCUACAGAAGAAAGAUUUGCAAGAAGCAUUAAAGAAGCUGAAAGAACAGCACCAUUUUGAAAAUAAGUUAUCUGUAGAAAAGGUGAAACAGCACUAUGAUGCAGAAAUCAGAAAAAUACAAAGAGAGCUGCAGGAUGCUAAAAGGGAAUUGGAUGAAGAAAAAGCCACAAAUGCUCAGAAUGCUAAAGCUUUAGAAAUGCUUAAGAAACAUUUCUCAGCCCAGCCAUCACCUGACCAAGUUGAGAAUCUGAGAAUUUGUUUUCUUUAACAGAAAUGCAAUUUAAAAAAAGGGGGGGGGGUUCCUAAAUCUUGACAAGUCUUGCAGGGUUUUUUUGUUUGGUCUGAGAGGACUUUAAAAAUGCACUCAUCUGUGAUGACAAAACAGCAUCUCUUUUCUUCAAAGAAUCUUGUUUUGUGGGGGAUUUGGAUUCGAUUCCAUCUCAGAGAACCCUUGUGAGUCUUAAAGCCACAGGCCUCGAUUGUGUCAUCUUUUUGCAAUACUAGCCAGCUUUUUUUUUCCACAGGAGAACAGCUUUGCCAAGGAACACUAGUUCUUAUUGAGAGAAUCAUGUCUGGGAUACUGAGUUUCAAUGCACCAUUUUAUAUCCCUCACUGUUUAUUGUGUGGACUUACAAAGGGAGGAUAAACUAGUUUUUAAC